AAUAACUCAUAUAUAUGAGCGUUACACUCCUUAACUCCGUUUGUCUCUAUAUGAUGCACAUACACACAUUCUAGCUUCAACGUUUCCUUCAAGUUCUUACAACAUUUCAGUACAUUUUUAUUUCUUUGGUAUCUUAUUUUCAAAAGAAAGAAAACCAAAAUGAAGGGACCUAUGUUCUGCGCUUCUCAAGCAUCAACAGCCAUAUGUUCAAGCAUGGACCACAUUCACAGACCAACCACCGCCACCGUCGCCGCCGACAAAGAAGACAAAAGCAGCAGCCGAGCUAUCGACCGCCACAACCCCAUCAUCAAAGAUGGCCGGAGAUCCUCUGUCGACGACUACAUCAGAAUACCUGCUUCCCCCGCCGAGGGAGAGAUGAUCAGUAACAAGACACUAGAGAUCUACAAGGGCAGGAGGAGCUUCACUGGCAGAAAAAGCACCGGCGGUGGAGGUGGAGGGGGAGCUGCGGCGUUGUUGAAGCUCAUCACAAGUGACAUCAGCUUGGCGAGGAAGAGUUUCAGCUGUGUUGCGAGACCCGCAUGUGAUCUUACCAAAACCCCUCCCGGUUCUACAAGGUUUCUUUUGGGAGGAUCCGAACCGGUUUCUCUUAACGGGUCUGAAGGUCAGGAUCCGGUUAAGGAAGUAGCUCUUAGUCCUAAACCUCCAGCUAGUGAAGAGAUAAAGCCGGUGUCGUCAUUGACAGAAGAGAAGACUUCUGGUAGUGGUAGUGGUUCAGACCAGGAGGAGAAGCAGGUCGUUGUUCUCAAAGUGUCUCUCCACUGCAGAGGCUGUGAAGCCAAAGUUAGGAAACAUCUGUCCAGAAUGCAAGGUGUGACAUCAUUCAACAUAGAUUUUGUUGCAAAGAAAGUGACAGUGACUGGAGACAUCACUCCCUUGGAAAUAUUGGAUAGCAUCUCAAAGGUUAAAAAUGCUCAGUUUUGGACUACUCCAACACUCCCAUUGCCAAAUCUGCAAACUCCAAAUCCCUAGUUUUCCUUUUUACUGUUUUACCUCUCUCUCUCUCUCUUGUAGUGAAAUCAGUCGGUACAGUUUCAGAAUUUACCACGCCUAUCUUCAAAUAGAUUCCACUUUUAAUCUUGUGAUAUAACUCAGCAACACAGCUGAAACUCUAUAUCCAACCUCAAUCUUUAUGAAUUAUGAUAAUUUAAACGUUUGCAUUU